GACCGGGAUAGCGAAGGCCGCGGGGAAGGCGGGGGACGGGAAAGCAGCCUCGCGGGGGCGGGCGGGCCGCGGGGCGCCGGCCCGAGGGGUUCGUGCGGCCCCUCCGCUCGCCCUGCCGGCCGGCCGGGCCCCGCUCCCCAUGGGAUAAGCUGUAAACAUGUUCAGCUUUGAAGGGGAUUUCAAAACAAGGCCCAAGGUGUCCCUCGGAGGAGCGAGCAGGAAGGAAGAAAAGGCUUCUCUCCUUCAUCGUACUCAGGAAGAAAGGAGAAAACGAGAGGAAGAAAGGCGGAGGCUGAAAAAUGCAAUAAUCAUCCAGUCAUUUGUAAGAGGGUACAGAGACAGAAAACAUCAAUACUCUAUCCAAAGAAGUGAAUUUGAUCGCUGUGCUAAUUUGGCUCAGUCUGGAGGAACCUUUUCCACUGCUAAUGGAGCAAAUUUGACUCUUCUAGUUCGCCAGUUACUCUUUUUCUAUAGACAGAAUGAGGAUUCAAAGCGUUUGGUAUGGAUGUGUCAGAAUUUAAUUAAACAGAGUUCUCAGUUUGUUAAGCAAUUGGAUGGUCCAGACAGACUUACUUGCUUAUUCCAAAUAAAAAGACUGUUGGGUCUGUGUUGCAGGCUACUGCAAAAUUGCAAUGAUGACAGUCUGAAUGUUGCACUUCCUAUGAGAAUGCUUGAGGUAUUUUCAUCUGAGAAUACGUAUUUGCCUGUUUUACAAGAUGUCAGAUAUGUGACAUCAUUAAUUGAACAAAUUUUGCACUACAUGGUUCAAAAAGGCUACUACAAGUCGCUUUAUUUGUUAAUUAACAAUAAGCUUCCCUCGAGUAUUGAGUAUUCUGAUGUUUCUCGUGUCCCUAUUGCAAAAAUACUUCUGGAGAAUGUUCUGAAGCCAUUGCACUUUACGUAUAGCUCCUGCCCAGAAGGUGCAAGGCAGCAGAUUUUUGCAGCCUUCACAGAGGAGUUUCUGGCAGCACCUUUUACAGAUCAAAUAUUCCAUUUCAUCAUUCCAGCGCUUGCUGAUGUGCAGACUAUUUUCCCUUAUGAACUCUUUCUGAAUGCACUUUUAUUAGCAGAAAGUGGAUGUUCAAGAAGAAGUGAUCAAGCCCCAUGGCUUUUCUACUUCGUGUUAACAGUUGGAGAAACAUAUUUGGGAUCCCUUUCAGAGGAAGGACUUCUUGUGUAUUUGAGGGUACUCCAGACUUUUCUCUCUCAGCUGCCUGUGUCUGCUGCUGGUACAAAUUGUCAAGAUGCAAACAGUGAUUCUGAAGAUGAGGAUGAAGAGAUCAGUAAAAUGACAACUACACUGGGUGAUGGGAGAAUAUCAGUCCAGUACAUAACUGAGGAGUGCCUCAAGAAAUUGGACACAAAGCAGCAGACAAACACUCUGCUGAACAUGGUUUGGAGAGAUUCAGCCAGUGAAGAGGUUUUUACCCUGAUGGCAUCAAUCUGCCACACACUAAUGGUACAACACCGAAUGAUGGUGCCAAAAGUCAGGCUUCUUUAUAGUUUAGCCUUCAAUGCCAGAUUCCUGAGGCAUCUUUGGUAUUUGAUAUCUUCAAUGACUACACGAAUGAUUACAGGGUCUAUGGUGCCACUCCUUCAAGUGAUUUCAAGAGGCUCUCCAAUGUCUUUAGAGGACUCCAGCCGAAUUAUUCCUCUCUUCUACCUUUUCAGUUCUUUGUUUAGUCACUCACUUAUUUCUAUUCAUGAUAAUGAAUUCUUUGGUGACCCAAUAGAAGUUGUAGGUCAAAGACAAUCAUCAAUGAUGCCUUUUACACUAGAAGAGCUUGUGAUACUCUCCCGCUGCCUUCGAGAUGCAUGUCUAGGAAUCAUAAAGUUGGCUUACCCAGAAACAAAACCAGAGGUUCGUGAGGAAUAUAUUGCAGCAUUUAGAAGUGUUGGAGUAACAAAAAACACGGAAAUGCAGCAAUGUAUACAGACAGAACAGAAGAGGUGGAUUCAGUUAUUCAAGGUCAUCACAAACUUAGUGAAAAUGUUGAAAUCUAGGGAUACAAGGAGAAAUUUCUGUCCGCCAAAUCACUGGCUCUCAGAACAAGAAAACAUUAAAGCAGAUAAGGUCACACAGCUGUAUGUGCCAUCAGCCAGACACGUCUGGAGAGUCAGGAGGAUGGGGAGGAUAGGACCAUUGCAGUCUACUUUGGAUGUGGGUUUGGAACCAGCACCUCUUUCUGUAUCUGAAGAACGACAACUUGCAAUUCUGACAGAGCUACCUUUUGUAGUUCCUUUUGAAGAAAGAGUAAAGAUUUUUCAAAGACUGAUCUAUGCUGAUAAACAAGAAGUUCAAGGAGAUGGGCCAUUUUUGGAUGGAAUUAAUGUCACUAUCAGAAGAAAUUAUAUUUAUGAAGAUGCUUAUGAUAAACUUUCUCCUGAGAAUGAACCUGACCUAAAAAAGCGCAUUCGUGUUCACUUGCUCAAUGCACACGGUCUUGAUGAAGCUGGUAUUGAUGGUGGUGGAAUUUUCAGAGAAUUUCUGAAUGAACUCCUCAAAUCAGGAUUUAAUCCUAACCAGGGUUUUUUUAAGACCACCAAUGAGGGACUGCUUUACCCUAACCCUGCUGCACAGAUGCUUGUUGGAGACUCAUAUGCCCGACAUUACUACUUCCUUGGGAGAAUGCUUGGAAAGGCUCUUUAUGAAAAUAUGCUGGUGGAGCUGCCAUUUGCUAGUUUUUUCCUAUCAAAAUUAUUAGGGACAAGUGCUGAUGUUGACAUUCAUCAUUUAGCUUCACUGGACCCAGAAAUGUACAAAAAUUUGCUUUUUCUCAAGAGUUAUGAAGGGGACGUGGAAGAACUUGGACUAAACUUCACCGUGGUAAAUAAUGACCUUGGGGAAGCGCAGGUGGUGGAGCUGAAGCCAGGUGGAAAGGACAUUCCCGUCACCAGCGCCAACCGGAUCGCGUACAUCCAUCUGGUGGCAGACUACAGGCUGAACAAACAGAUCCGCCAGCACUGCCUGGCUUUCCGUCAGGGGCUGGCCAACGUGGUCAACCUCGAGUGGCUUCGAAUGUUUGAUCAGCAGGAAAUACAGGUUCUGACUUCUGGUGCACAAGUUCCUAUUAGUUUGGAUGACCUUAAAUCUUUCACAAACUAUUCAGGUGGCUACACAGCAGACCAUCCUGUAAUUAAAAUAUUUUGGAGAGUUGUAGAAAGCUUCACUGAUGAAGAGAAACGCAAACUACUCAAAUUUGUAACGAGUUGCUCUCGACCUCCUCUUCUGGGGUUUAAGGAGUUAUAUCCUGCAUUUUGCAUUCACAAUGGAGGAUCUGAUUUAGACAGGCUGCCUACUGCCAGUACCUGCAUGAACUUGCUGAAGCUUCCCGAGUUUUAUGAUGAGAACCUGAUGCGAAGCAAGCUCCUCUAUGCCAUUGAAUGUGCUGCUGGAUUUGAACUCAGCUGAGUCCAACCAAUGCUUAUUUGGAUGAUCUGCAGAGGAAAGAACCAGUGCCUACUCUAUAAGCAGCACCCAUAACCAAGCGGUUUUAAGGGAAUUCUGUCUACAUUUCUGCAGCUCUUGUGUCUUACCAAAUGCCCUCAAAUAGGUUUCAUUUCUAAACACAAUUUCUUAGUUAGCUUCCAUUACUGAAUAUUGCAUUGACACUGCUUUAUGACUCAAAACAAUGAAUGCUGUGUGCAGCGUGGCUGA